GAGCACGGGAUCCGCCUGCUGGAGGCCCAGAUCGCCACGGGGGGCAUCAUCGACCCCGUGCACAGUCACCGCCUCCCCGUGGAAGUAGCGUACCAGCGGGGCUACUUCGAUGAGGAAAUGAACCAGAUCCUCUCUGAUCCCACAGACGACACCAAGGGCUUCUUCGACCCAAACACGCACGAAAACCUCACUUACAUGCAGCUGCUGCAGCGGUGCCUGCCCGAUCAGGAGACCGGCUUGCUGAUGCUCCACGUAAUGGACAAGGGCUCCUUCUCCUUUCACCUCAACGAGAACGCGAGGAAGGCCUUGCAGGCGGCCAAGACCAAGAUUGGCGUGGGGCUGUUCCAGGGCCAAGAGGUUUCUGUGUGGGACCUCCUCUUCUCCAGAUACGUCCUUCCGUCAAAGAGGCAGGACUUGCUAAGGCAGUACAAAGCAGGCACCCUGACGCUUGAGCGCAUCACCCAAGUCCUCAUCGCCGUCGUCACUGAAGCAGAGGAGAAGAGCGCCAGGCCCGUCGGUCAAAAAGAAGCUGCCAGCGAACCGACGGCGACGACACCCAAGCAUGCCACAGAUCCGCCAAGCUUCGGAGAGCCCUGGCUGAAGACCCUGAAGUCCACCACUAUCGAUAUGCCUGCAGGCGAGAGCCAAGGGCAGAGGGUCACUGUGUGGGACUUGAUCUUCUCAAGCUACAUCUCUGAGGAAAAGAGGACCGAGCUACUGGACUUGUACAAAAGUGGGCUGCUCUCCACGGAGCGGCUCACGAGCAUCCUCACCACCCUUGUUGUCAAAAAAGAAGCCAGCGGCAGGAAGCUCGAGGUUAAGGUGAGGAGUGCAGACCAAGAGACUGCGCCAGGUCACGAGGCUCCGAGGGAUUCCUCCUCAGAGCCGGCAAACUGGGAAAGCCCCUUGCGCUCUCAGCGCCUCCAAGCACCUGCCGUUGGCCAACAGUUCUCGGCCUGGGAGGUCCUCUUCUCUGAGCGCUUCGCAGCGCACGAACGGGAAGAGCUUCUGAGCAGAUACGGGGACGGCAGCCUCCCCCUUGAAGAGCUCACAAGGAUUCUCACCGAGCGCCUUCCCAGGACCUCAAGCAGCGAAAGUCCUCUUCCCACGGACUUCCGCACACCCAGCUCAAGCGGUGAGGCAAAAGAGGCCGAAGAGGAAGGGGAAGACGAUGCUGCAGACCUGGGAGAAAAAGAGGCGGCCCUGAAGUCCCGGAUGGUGGAGGUCACGGCUGCGGAGUUUCACGGACGUAAAGUGUCCGUGUGGGAGGUGCUUCAUUCCAAGUACCUCCCUGAGGAGAAGAGGAAGGAGCUUCUGCAACUGUACAAAUCGGGCAUCCUCACCAUUGACCAGAUGGAGACCGUGGUCACCGCCGUCGUCAACAAAACGGAGGAAAUGAAAACGAGGGAAACGUCCCAAGCCCGCUUGUCUCCUGGCCCCUGGGAGGAUCCCUUGCGCAAUCAGACUGUGGCCCUGCAAGUUGGCGAGUUCCAAGGACAGACGGUCUCCCUGUGGGACCUCCUCUUCUCGCAAUAUGUUCCAGAAAGCCAAAGAGAGGAGCUGCUGAUGAAAUACCGAUCGGGAACCUUGACCGUUCAGGAAAUGAUCGCCACCCUGGCCUCGCUUCUCACCACGGACGGGGCUUCCUCGCAAAGGGAGGACGCAACUCUUUCCUCGCAGCACAACGAACUCGAAAGCACCUUGCGGCAGGUGACCAUAGACGUGUCUGUGGGCGAGUUCCAAGGCUCCAGGCGCUCUGCGUGGGAGCUGCUCUUCUCCAAAUACGUGACCGCAGCCAAGCGCCAAGAGCUGCUGCAGAAAUACCAAGAAGGGUCUGUGGCCCCAGGCGAGCUGGUCCGAAUACUCACCGCCCUGAUUGAAGAGAUGGAAGAGAAGGGCAACCAGCUGAAGUUCUCGGGGCUCAGGAGGCAGGUGUCGGCCUCGGAACUGUUUGACUCCCACAUCAUCAACCAAGACACCCUCUCCGAGCUCGCGCAGGGCACCAAGACCGUGGAGGAGGUCACAGAAAUGGAUUCGGUGAGGCGAUACCUGGAAGGCACCAGCUGCAUCGCCGGAGUGCUGGUGCCGUCCAGGACAGACCCUUCCAAGUCAGAGAAGAUGACCAUCUACCAGGCCAUGUGGAAGGGCAUUCUGAGGCCGGGCACGGCCCUGGUGUUGCUGGAGGCCCAGGCCGCCACGGGCUUCGUCACCGACCCCCUGGAGAACAAGAAACUCUCCGUCGAUGACGCCGUCUCGGCUGAACUGGUGGGGGCCGAGCUGCGGGAGAAGCUUCUCUCUGCAGAGAGAGCCGUGACUGGCUAUAAGGACCCCUAUACGGGGAGCCAACUGUCCCUCUUCCAGGCCAUGAAGAAAGGCCUCAUAGUCAAAGAGCACGGGAUCCGCCUGCUGGAGGCCCAGAUCGCCACGGGGGGCAUCAUCGAC